AUGAAGGUGAUCACUAUUGAUGAAAAUGAAAGUGCCAUCAGUAUAUGCAGGAGGGUGAUAAGUGGCUCAGAAACUGAUGAAAGAAUUCAAGAAAUGGAAACAGCUCUCGAUGGUACUCUAUGGACAAAAAUUGCCGAAGGUGGUACUCCAGGAAGGUCAUCAUCUGUGUUUUCAAGGUGCACAGAAGAAGAGGGCAGUCAAAUUUUGGGGUACGAUUGGACAACAUCGUUACCGGAAAUACGUGCAUUUAUUGGAAUUUUAUAUGCUCGUGAGGCCUAUGAGGCAAAAAAUUUGAAAUUGACUUACUUAUGGUCAGCAAAGAAGACAUGA